CACUGUAACGGACUGGAUUGCAACCUUUGCUUGGACCAGAAUGAAUACCAUGACAAGGUUGAUUGCAAGCAACACAUUUAACAGCUUAACUGGUAGAUUCUAAUGACUACUGGCACUUCAAUUAUAUCAAGAAACAAAAUUCAUGCAUUCAUUUCUCAGCAUCUAUUGUUCACUUGAUUCUUGUCACCAGCCACAAAAAUGUAUUUGUAGCAAAACCCAUCAUGUCUUUUCCAAGUGUGCAUAUUCUCACAAAGCCAUCAUGGCAAAGGAUAUUGAACCUAGUUCAUUUGCAUACUCCAAAAAGUCUAGAUUGUGCCAACCAUUUUUGUUGUAAUUUCUUGCUGCUCCCUUUGGCUCUAUUCUUUGAAUGAAUUCUAUUUGCUGCAGUGUUGCUGUUGUCACACCAAGGAAAGUUUGGGAAGGAUUGAAACUUUUGGAAUACUCAAUGAUGAAAGCAUGUGCUUGGGAUAAGGAAAGAGUUAAUGGUGUCGAGUCGUCUCGGAUGUGGAGUAGGGCUGUCCAGCCUCACGUCUUCCUUGUUACAACAAGCUCACAUUUGAGUUGUUUCUGCAAACCAAUUGUCAUUUUGUUGACUGUGAUAUAUUGCAUUGGUCUUUGUUCCUAUCCACAACCUGCUUUCUCAAGUUGGUGCUUUAGUUUGUCGGAAAUCUCGGGCAUGGUCCAAUUUGGCAUUGUUUGGGGGUCUAGUGCUAUUUGUGACCGCUGCUCUCUUUGCUUGUCAGCGCACUUCUCCAGGACGCAUCCGACACUACCAGUCUGACAAGUGCUUUGAUACACAGUCCUACACAGUAUGCUCCACAACCGUAACUGGUAUCACAACUUCUACCACGUUGCGGCGUCGUGCGACUUUCGCCCCGACAAAGAGGAAGCGUGUCAUCACCUGAUGACGAAGUUUGCCCCUUUGAUGUGGGGCACGGAAUCUACUUGGGGCUGUACGGCGUCCAACAACUUGACCUUUGUCGCCAACGGGGAUGUCGAGGGCAACGAGAGGGUCGAUCUGAUGUGCGCCCGCGUGAGGGUGGCGGGUUUGGGUUCUUUGACGGUCAGCGGGGCGGGGAGCGCAGCUCACACCAGCGGCUCCAGCAAUCCAACACAAGAAUGA